AUGAACUUCGAAUUACCAAAGAGGUUCACCUUGCCGUUGACCCUCACGCCUUAUGAUGGACUCGGUGACCCAAGGAAGUUCAUAAAGAAAUUCCGAUCAAUAAUGAUCGUCAAUGGUGCAUCAGAUACAGUCUUAUGUCGUUGUUUUCCGAAUUAUUUAGACGGUCCUGCACUUGAUUGGUUGUGUGAUUUGCCUGCAGGUUCCAUUUCGCGCUUCCAUCAGUUGGCAAAGUUAUUUGAAGAACAUUUCGCUGGAUCCGCAAUAUAUUUGCACGACUCCGAUUACCUAAACACUAUCAAACAAGGGCCAAGCGAAAGCUUAAAGGACUAUAUGACUCGCUUUACCAAGGUCGCAAUCAGCAUACCAGAUCUCCAUCCCGAGGUCCAUCUGCACGCAAUUAAAAGCGGCCUCCGACCCGGGAAGUUCCAGGAGACGAUCGCGGUGGCGAAGCCGAAGACUCUAGCAGAAUUUCGCGAGAAAGCAAAAGGACAAAUUGACAUCGAGGAGCUCAGACAAGCUCGGAAAUCUGACAAGUCGCACUUCCGCGAAGAAGAUAAGAGCUCAUCCCUUAAAAAAAGUUUUAAACUAACACCCCGAUUCGAUUCUUAUACGCAGUUUAACACCAAGAGGGAAGACAUAAUCAAGGAAAUCUUGAACUCCAAACUAAUCAAGCCGCCGAGAAAAGCCGGAACGCGAUCUCUAAUUCACAACCAGAAGUCACUUUCACACACGCCGACUUCAACUCCAACAUACAAAAUUUGGACGACCCUGUGGUAA